UAUUACCGUAAAUAUUUGGCGGCUAUGUGAUCCACUCUCCAGGUCCCUUGCUGGUUUGUCUUCUUUUCUCAAGAAAAUCCCAUUCCCAAUAAUUCUGCUUCUCACCAUCUCGCAUCUCCCAAACAUACUGUACCUUCAAAAUGUCAAAGGAGUACCAAUUCGAGCCUCUCCUCACUGAGGAAGAGGAAAGUAAUUAUAGUUUCACUCGACAGCCAAAAGCUCCUCGAAGAUGGUCACUCAGCAUCUUGCUGAGCAUAUGUCUCAUCAUUUCUACAAGUCUCAAUCUUUUCCAAGCAAUCGCCAAUGUCCCUGCCCCACUAGAGCAUGAGAGCAAGCCUACUGAGUGUCGCUCUGAGUAUGCCAACCUCAAGGACAACGAAAUAAGUGUGAAAUGGCUGCAAAGCAGUGCAUACACAAGCUUAAACAUUUCCGAGAGAGAUCACAUGUGGGAUGCUAUAAAUCAUGACAGUGGCAUCGUCGCAGUACCAAAAGAAUGGGCUGCGCAGAAAGGUUUAGAUAUGGGCGCCGACUUCCCAUGGGACAAGAGCAAGACGAUUUACUUCGUCAACGCUUUCCACAGUUUGCAUUGCAUUAAAAACAUCUACCGCUCAAUGAUGGAGUACCGAGAGGGACUACCCCAAACAUUCGACCAGCAUCACCUCGUCCACUGUUUAGACCAACUUCGCGCAGACACUGAAUGCGCUGCGGAUGACACACUCCGAGUAACCACGCCCAGCAGAGAGAAGAGUACAGCGGUGGGGCAAGUUCGACAGUGCCGAAGCUUUGAUCAAUUGAGAGCAUGGACAGUUGAUCAUUCAGGUUGCUACCGAUAUGGGAAUCCCACGUUCGAGGACGCGCAGGAUAGUCAGCUUCCAAGGAAGCGAUAUUGUCCAGAAGGAAGUCCAGACCUCGACACGGUCAGGGCAUACUAUGGAAAGGGGCCAGACUGGACUCCAGCGAAUGACCCGGUGUGGAGCUGGUUCGAUGAGGAUGAGAAGAGAGGGCAGUAGCUGAGCUUGAGAGUCAAUGAUACCAAGGUAGUCUUUUAUAUGGAGUUUAGGAACCUGAAGCGCAACUGU